CGAUGCUGCCGGACGGUGCUGGCGGCGACGGCACCGGGAGAGGGAUCGGGAGCGGGGCCGGGAGCGGGACCGGGCGAGCCGGGAAGCGGCGCGCCCGCCGAGCAGUGCUCGGCGCGGGGCGAUGAACUCGCGCAAAGUGCUGGCCCUGCAGGCCCGCAGGCGGCGGCCCAAGCAGUCCGCGGCGGCCGGCAGGAGGGACAAGCACUCGGCGCCCCACAAAAAGCCAGAGCCUCAACAGAAAGCUCCCUCUGCACCUCCACCUCCACCCCCGCCCCCACCUCCGCCCCUGCCGGAGCCCACCCCGCCAGAGCCAGAGGAGGAGAUUUUGGGGUCCGACGAUGAGGAGCAAGAGGAUCCCGCAGAUUACUGUAAAGGAGGCUAUCAUCCAGUGAAAAUUGGUGAUCUUUUCAAUGGCCGGUAUCAUGUUAUUAGAAAGUUAGGAUGGGGACACUUCUCUACAGUCUGGCUAUGCUGGGAUAUGCAGGGAAAAAGGUUUGUUGCAAUGAAAGUUGUAAAAAGUGCCCAGCAUUAUACAGAGACAGCCUUGGAUGAAAUAAAGUUGCUCAAAUGUGUUCGUGAAAGUGACCCUAAUGACCCCAACAAGGACAUGGUUGUACAGCUAAUUGAUGACUUCAAAAUUUCUGGAAUGAAUGGAAUUCAUGUCUGUAUGGUCUUUGAAGUACUUGGACAUCAUCUUCUAAAAUGGAUAAUCAAGUCCAACUAUCAAGGCCUCCCUAUCCGUUGUGUAAAAAGUAUAAUUCGACAGGUACUUCAAGGUCUAGAUUACCUCCACAGCAAGUGCAAGAUCAUUCAUACGGAUAUAAAGCCAGAAAAUAUUUUGAUGUGUGUGGAUGAUGCCUACGUGCGCAGAAUGGCUGCUGAGGCAACCGAGUGGCAGAAAGCUGGUGCUCCUCCCCCCUCUGGCUCAGCAGUGAGUACAGCUCCACAACAAAAGCCUGUUGGAAAAAUAUCCAAAAACAAAAAGAAAAAGCUGAAGAAAAAACAGAAGAGACAAGCUGAGCUGCUGGAAAAACGCCUGCAGGAAAUAGAAGAACUAGAGCGGGAAGCUGAAAGAAAAAAAAUAGAAGAAAAUGUAACCUCAGCUGUACCAUCAAAUGAACAAGAAGAUGAGUACCACCCAGAGGUGAAACUAAAAACAGCUGAUAUAGAAGAGGUAGUAGAUGAAGAAACUGGAAAUGAUGAUGGUGAAGCAGAAGAUCAGGAUGAAAAAGAAGACACAGAGAAGGAAAACACUGAAAAGGAUGACGAUGUUGAGCAGGAUCUUGUCAACACUGACUCUACAGACCCUAAGUGGAUAGAAUCCCCCAAAACAAAUGGCCAUAUUGUGAACGGCCCAUUCCUAUUGGAACAACAGAUUGAAGAUGAAGAUGAGGAAGAGGAAGAAUGUCCAAAUGCAGAGGAGUAUAAUCUUGAUGAGCCAAAUGCAAAAAGCGAUUACUCUUACAGCAGCUCCUAUGAACAGUUUAAUGGUGAAUUGCCAAAUGGACGUCAUAAAAUACCAGAGUCACAGUUCUCCGAGUUUUCAGCUUCAGUGUUCUCUGGGGCUCUAGAGUCUGUAGCUUGUGGUUCUGCUGUUUCUGAAGGAUCAACUGUAACAGAAAGAGAGGAGAGCAGCCCAUCUCACGACAGGAGCAGAACGGUUUCAGCUUCAAGCACUGGGGAUUUGCCAAAAACAAAAACUCGUGCUGCUGACUUACUGGUGAAUCCACUGGACCCAAGAAAUGCAGAUAAAAUUAGAGUUAAAAUUGCUGACCUGGGAAAUGCCUGCUGGGUGCACAAACACUUCACAGAAGACAUCCAGACAAGACAAUAUAGAUCCAUAGAGGUUUUAAUAGGAGCAGGUUACAGUACACCUGCUGAUAUCUGGAGUACAGCAUGUAUGGCGUUUGAACUAGCGACUGGAGAUUAUUUGUUUGAACCACACUCUGGUGAAGACUAUUCCAGGGAUGAAGACCACAUAGCACACAUCAUAGAGCUGCUAGGCAAUAUCCCAAGGCACUUUGCUCUAUCUGGAAAAUAUUCUCGGGAAUUCUUCAAUCGCAGAGGAGAGCUCCGACACAUUACCAAGCUGAAACCUUGGAGUCUUUUUGAUGUGCUUGUGGAGAAGUACGGUUGGCCUCAUGAAGAUGCUGCACAGUUUACAGAUUUCCUGAUCCCCAUGCUAGAAAUGGUCCCAGAGAAACGCGCUUCAGCUGGAGAAUGCCUUAGGCAUCCGUGGCUGAAUUCUUAGCAGAAUCUCUCAGAUGUAAAAAAAAAAAGCCAGCAACCACUUCCAAUGCGUUGGACCUAAAUGGUGACUGUCACAAAAUCUUUAGCAGGAUCACACGUGAGCUGGCUUCAAUCCUCAGACCUUUAUUUUGCUUGAGGUACUGUUUGACAUUUUGCUUUUUGUGCACUGUGUUCUUGGGGAAGGGUAGUCUUUUUGUCUUCAGCUAGUAGUUUACUCACCCACUUUCUUCAGAAAACACUUAAUGUGUCUUUAAGCAUUGUUUCUUGUGUUGUGUGGCAUUCAGAUGUCAGAUUUUUGAACAAAGGAAACUUCCCCCCAAUGUGUUUUGGCAAGUUUUGUAACUAUUUAUGAAAAAAAAAAUAUUUUAGCUGAUGCAUAUUAUAUAAUUUACAAGUGUAAGAAAUUUAUCAAGUCAGAACUGAGUUACGGCGAGGAAUUGUACAAUUUUAUCUUCUGGCAAAGGGACAUCAUUCUUGUAUUAUAGUGUAUGUAAAUGCACCCUGUAAAUGUUUAUUUCCAUUUAAAUAUGGGACUGGGGACUCAAUUUCAGAGUAAAGCGACUUAAGUUUUAGAGAGCUUUAUAGCAAACCAAUUGCAUGUAGUGGACUUUAAACUGCUUUAAGGAAUUGUGUAAACUUUCUAUUCUGUAGCAGUUCCCGUUCAUUGGAUUUUAAACAAAGUGGCUCUGGUUUACAGGAUUUCAUUCCCCAAACGGCACUUUAAAGGAAGGCUAGACUUCUUUCUAAUAAAGUAUGCAUUAUCAUUUAGCACUCCCUUUUAGAACUUUUGCCUAUUUUAAGUGCUUUUAAGAAAAGAAAGAUAGCAAUUUCCCUACAAUGUGAUAGUGAAGACAUGGUACCAUAUGGUGUUGCCUUUUUAUAAGCACUGUAAGUUGUACUAUACCUUAAGAAAAAGAAAAAAAAUUAAAAGUAGAGCAUGAGAACCACUCUCUGUGUAGAAUUACUGAUCUUUUAUAAUAAAAGUGUGUGCUUGGCGUCAGUUAAGGAAGGAUAUAGCUGCAAAUAUUUACAGGGCAGUGGGUAAAUUAAUCCAAGAAGCGAGAUCAUGCUCAUUCCAUUCAUAGCUUUACAUGUUUCUAAAACAAAUUGCACUAGCUUUAUUCUUUCCCAUCCGUAGACAUACGACUGCCCGUUGUAAGUUGCACGCAACAAUUACGUGUUUCCUAGGAAAGGCUGCAUAGGCUGAAGCUUAUAGGCAAUACAGAUUUUAGAAUGUACAGUAUGGAGGUGUGUUUGGGCCUCAUUUAGAAGUCAGUGGGAUGAAUGUAAGCUUACUCCUGAUCUUCAUGUAACUACGGUGCCACUUUUUUUCUUGACUUUGUCCAUAUGAAAUUUAUUCACAUGCCUUUGCAAUAACUAGAUUGUGAGAAGAUAGCCCCAUGCUGUAACAAUAACCAGUUGUUUGAGGUGCUUGCAGUUGUCUAAUUAAAGUGUUUUGUUUUUUCAGA